UCCUGCAGGAAGCUGAGGGCUGAGUCUCUUUUCAAUGAAGUCACUGGUGGCUGUUGCCUGCUUUCAUCUCUCUGCCCUGGUGAGUGAAAUUUGCCUCUGACCACUGAACAACAACAGACUGAUGAUGCUCUGAAGGGACUGGCAGAUUUUUAAGACUCGUGUUGAGGUUUUUUUUUUAUGAUUUUGCACAAUGUUGCUCAGGAGUUUGUCAAGUGCAAAUAACUUCUUUGCUUUGUACUGGAAAUACUGGUCUCAACAAAGUUGAUUCACUCGUCUUUAACUGCGUAUUAAGGGCAAAACAAUGAAUAACCAGUCGAUGACAGGGAGGACCAUGGUCCCGACCAUUCCGUCUAUUAUGUUUAUUUUCGGGGUGGUCGGGAAUGUCAUCGCCAUCGUGGUUCUUUGUAAAUCUCGCAAAGAACAGAAGGAAACCACGUUCUACACGCUGGUUUGUGGACUGGCAGUCACCGACCUCCUGGGCACAAUGCUGGCCAGUCCGGUCACCAUCGCCAUUUACGUGAAAGGUUCGUGGCCCGGUGACGACCCUCUGUGCCAGUACUUUGGAUUCACCAUGCUUUUCUUCUCUCUGGCGGGGCUCAGCAUCAUCUGUGCCAUGUCAGUGGAGAGAUACAUCGCUAUAAACCAUGCCUAUUUCUACAAUGACUAUGUGGACCAGAAACUGGCAGGUUUUACGCUCGUAGCGAUCUACAUCUCCAACGUUCUUUUCUGCGCCAUGCCGACUAUGGGCUUUGGACAGGUGACGAAACAAUACCCGCAAACCUGGUGCUUUUUAGAGUGGAGGAGCAACACGACCAGCGAUGCAGUGUACACAUACAUGUAUGCAGGUCUCAGCUCGCUUCUUAUUCUCGCCACUGUUAUCUGUAACGUGCUGGUUUGCGUAGCUUUGAUCCGGAUGCAUCGGCGCUUCGUGCGCAAAAUGUCGUUGGGAACAGAUCUGGGGCGCAACGUGGACCCGCAGAGGAGAGGACGCAGCUUCGGGCGUCUGGCCGGCGCAGAGAUUCAGAUGGUCAUUCUGCUCAUAGGCACGUCGGCAGUGGUGCUCAUCUGCUCCAUCCCACUUGUGGCUCAGGUGUUUUUGAACCAGCUUUACAAGACUCCAGUCGAGCUGCAGUUGGACAAAAACCCGGAUCUAAGAGCAAUUCGCUUUGCCUCCUUCAACCCUAUUCUGGACCCCUGGAUCUACAUCCUGCUGCGCAAAGCUGUUUUCCUCAAGCUCAUUGAAAAAAUCAAGUGUCUGUUUUGUAAAAUGGGAGCGAGGGGGCAACAGAGACAUGGAAACUUCCACUGUAUUGAUGGUCAUCAGCUCUCGUCGGUCAUUUCCAACCAGGACUCUCUGAGAGAGGUCACCAACACCUCCCAGACCUUCCUCUACUUGCCAGAGGGAAGUGAUGUGUACAGUGGAAGCUGUCAUAAAGCAGACAUACAAUCUGGUUCACAGCCUUCCUCUGUCAGAAAUUCACAAGCUUCAUAUUCAUCUGGACAGGACAGUGACAGUGUUGAAGCUCCAGCUAGAGAAGGGAUUGAUGUAAUGAGGGACCUUUCGGCUUUACCGUGCCCAAAAGAUCCAGCAAUUCAGAUGUCACUGAGCACUGAGACAGUAGAGGAGAAAUGCAUCUGAACUAAAUGAAUCAAGUAAAAGUUCUCAAAUCAUCCUGAAGUACAUUAUCGACUGAAUUACUUCCACACAAAUGGAUUUUUUAAACCCACGAGAAUGGGUUAGGCACAUAAUUAAUAAUUAACUCUGUACAUGUGAAGCUGGACACAUGCAGCAUGAGAGGAAGAAACAGAAUCAUGGAAAAAUGUGAGUUAAUGAUUUUGGGUUCCUUGUUUCAGCGUCCAUCUACCUCAGUGGUGACUAUUUGUGACUGUGCGAUCCCGUUUUUGUCAUUUCACCUGAAAUAGAGAUGACCCACUUCUUCAUGACCAGAGUAUUAGUGAUGGAAAAGCGAUCAUGUCUUAUUUUAGCCUCUUCGUUUGAUCAUCGUGGAAGCCCAUACAGUGAAGUAGAUGUGGCCAAUAAUUUAGAGUAAUUGAGUCACAAGCUUGUGGUUAAUGAAAACAGUCCUGAAUGUGAUCCUUAUGAGUAAUCACUGGCACAUGCGCUGCCAUUGUGAGGGUCAGUUUGUUUAUUAAACUCCAUUGUACAGUGCUUUUUGAAGGACAUAUUGUGUUAGUUUUAUGACUAAUGUCCAGUGCUGUAUUAUUAUGUGGCGAACACCAAUGUUUUCCUUACUCAGGCCUGGAAUACACACAAAUAUGUCAUCCCAAAUUAUAAAAACUUUUUUUUCCAGAGGGUACAAAGAUUUCUGUGCCACUGUUAUUAACACCAAACUAUUUAAAUCUGACUGGGAAUGUUGAACAAUUUUUCCACAGCUACAGAAAAUAUGGUGCAAAUCAGUGGACAGAUGUUGCUUGGUGUAGAGUUUUAAUGUGAGGUAUGUCAACACAGCUGUUGGCAUGAGGGAAAGAAAAUGUUCCUUAUGAUCGAUGUUGUGUAAAAUGUUGU